CGUUGCUUGAUCACAUCUGUUUUUUGAUGGAUUGUCUAAUUUCAAACUUUAUAUUUUUUAUUAGUUAUCACAAUUAAGUAAUUAACCAAUUUUUGUCAUUUCUAUUUCCUGGUUGAUUCUCCAGUUGCUGUUGGAUAUUUUAUAUUCACUGUCAACCCACGAUCCUCUGAAGUCCCUCAACUUCUUGAUUGCUUAAAAUCAUCUGUUUUGUACACUGAUCGGUAAAUUUAUUAAAUGAUAGCAAUUCUUCUUCCUAUAUUCUAAUCAACUUUGAUAAUCAAACCACCUCCACCCAAUGUUGAUUAUUACUCUCAUGACAAUUGAUUGUACGCAAUCGUUCUAUUUUCAUAGUUGACCACCCUAGUUAAUCAACUGAUAUUGAACCAAUGAUAAACCUCUUCAUCGGAGUCUUCUUUCAACUUGCUUGAAUUGGAUUGAAUUUGACCAGUGAAUUCAUCAAAAUUUUCAAUGGAGUUUGCAGUUCUUGAACUUGGUUUGAAAAAUAAACAGAUCUUCAAUGUAACAUCAUUUCUCAGGAUUCAAGUUGAAGCCUUCAAAGUAAAUUGGGAAAAAUUGUGCUCUAGCAAAGAUGGUGUUGAAGAUGAAGUUUGCCAUUCUUUAUUCGAUGACUGGGAGAAAGUAUUCAGUAAAAUUUUGAUAAUUUUGAAAACCAACUUACAUGGCAACCAAUCCCCCGAGGAAAAAGAGUUUGGACGUCGGCUUGCUCGUAUAUCUUUACAGACCAGCAACUCGCUAUUGGAAAUUUUAUCCCAAGAAGAGACAAAUCUCUUUAUCAAUGCUUCUCUCGAUCGUGAAAAAGUCUAUUUCAUCAAUUCGCUGAUCAACCAGAUUAAUUUGAUAAGAAACACUAUUGGAGCAGUUAUUAAUCCUAAAGAAACGGUCGUCAGUGAUGUGAACCCACAACAUGAUAAUAUUUUCGUGAAUUGGAGUGGAAUGAGUAAGCAACAUAUUCUUAUCAACUGCAUCAAAGAGCAAUGUCUACCUCUUGGUCAAUAUUACAUUAUUCACAAAAUGAAAGAAGAUUUAACCUGGUCUACCAUAAAUGAAACUGCACUUCGAGCUAUUCUUAAUCACCUCAAAGCUAAUGAACUAAAUCAAGCCGAAAAUAUUAUUAGUGGCCUGGGAUUCGACCAUAAGUUUGUGAUCAAAUUCGUUUUAGAGCACUCUUUUCUAGAAAAAUUAAGAUUUAUUUUAGUGCAAAAACUUAAUCAGGAUGACCAUUUACCUUAUGAAAGACUUACGUUAAUAGAACGAGUUAAUGAACCAUUCCAUUUAAAGUUGAGUUUUAGUUGUAUUAAAGCUGUGAAACCAAUUAACCAGGGAGAUCUUUUGACCUAUGGUAUAUUUCAAGAAAAUGUUGUCAAUAGGACUUCGUGCAUAAAAGUAGUCGAACCUCACCAAAUUUGGUCUUAUCUAGUCAAAACCAAUCGUUGUAAUUUACUUUUGAUGUGGAUUAAUCGAUAUUUUGGUAACUACAAAACCAAUGACUUUCAAGACGGCUCAGUCUUUUCCUCCAAAAUAUCUCAGCAAAUGAUUGACGAAUUAGUGAGUGAUGGUCAAGAUCAUUUAAGAGAAUCAACUUUAUCAGCUCUUGGUAAUUUUGGUGUAUUCAGUUCAUACGAAAUGAUUGAUAUGCAACUAUUAAUUCGCCGACUAUUUCGUUCUUGUCACUCUGAAAGAACCGGAACAUUGACAGGGUUCAAAGAUCAUCCUUUAUUUAACAAAACAACUAUGAUUACCUAUGAUAAAUUUCAUCAAAGGUUUAUCGAAUAUUGUGCAGAUAAUUCCCUUCAUCAAAUUCUCUACUGGUCUUAUGUGCAGAAUGAAUUCCAGGUAGAUCUUGAAAAAUGUACCAUUGAUAAAAAACUCAAAAACCUUUUGCCUGGAAUCAAAACCUGGAAUGAAGAUCCAUUGAAAGACUACUUCACUAUGAAUUCAAUUUUAGAAGUGGCUCGAUAUUUGUUUGAUUUAGAAACUCCUGUAAACCUGCAAUCUCUUUUGGACAAUCAUCUUGGUAAACUUGCUAUUUUAGCAUCUCAAUUUGCUCCAAAAGGAACCUUAUCUUUCCUUGGUGCCUCAAAAGAUGAACUUUGGUAUGCAAAAAAAGAAUCUCUGUUACCGGCUAUGGAAAAACAUUAUCCUCUAUUAUUCUUAGCUAUAAAAUCUAUAAAAGAGCUCAAUCUUCCAUCUAUAUCUAGUCCAGGAAGUGAAUUUCCGUCCAUCUAUACUUUAUUGAACAACACUAUUAUUCUUGACGUUACUCGUUUAUUCAGUUGGCAAACAACAAACCAUUUUAGAAACACAAACGAUCCCACAAUUCUUGGUGAACUGCCUCAUUUUUCUCAUCCAAAGCUUGUUGGUCUUGGUUUAAAGGCAAAUCUAACAUUCAUUUAUCAUUUAAAAAAGGGACGCCCAUUCGAAGCUUUUACUCGUUAUAUGCAAAAUAAAACUCAAAGACCUUCACCAAAGAAAAUUGAGAUUGUAUGCAAACGUGCUGCUCUUUUAGCUUUCUAUCCCCUGCACCAGUUUAGAGAUAACUUCAGCCUGUGUUACUUUUCUUGA